GCGAUGGUACCCAUGGCCUCCUGGAUCCUUAUAAUGCCUUCCUCUCUGCAGUAAAAUGGAUAAUGACAGAACCUGUCUUGUUCCUGGUGGAAUUUAACCUCUGCAGUUGGUGGCACUCUGAUAUGACAGCUAAAGUCCAGAAAUUGAAACAGACCCUGGAGCCUUGUGAUACCGAAUAUCCAGCAUUUGUCUCUGAGUGCACCAUCAAGGAGACCACAGGGAAUACUGCUUGUGAAGACUGCUCCAAGUCCUUUGUCAUCCAGCAAAUCCCAAGCAGCAACCUGUUCAUGGUGGUGGUGGACAGCAGCUGCCUCUGCAAAUCUGUGGCCCCCAUCACCAUGGCACCCAUUGAAAUUAGGUAUAAUGAAUCCCUUAAGUGUGAAUGUCUAAAGGCCCAGAAGAUCAGAAGGUACCCAGAAUCUUGUCAUGGCUUCCAUCCUGAGGAGAACACAAGGGAGUGUGGGGCUGCACUGGGUCUCCAGGCCCUGCCAGUCCUCCUACUGCUCCCUCUGCUUUUGAUGCUCUUCUCAAGGUGACACUGACUGAGAUGGUCUCUUGGCAUGCUAAAUCAUGGAUAAACUGUGAACCAAAAUAUGGGGCAACAUACGAGACAUGAAUAUAGUCCAUCAGCAUCUCAUCAUGAUUUUAAACUGUGCAUGAUAUAAACUCUAAAAGAUAUGUUGACAAAAAGUUAUCUUUUUACUUUGCCAGUCAUUCAAAUGUGAGUUUGCCACAUGAUAAUCACCCUUCAUCAGAAAUGGGACUGCAAGUGGUAGGCAGUGUCCCUUCUGCUUGAAACCUAUUGAAACCAAUUUAAAACUGUGUACUUUUUUAAAAAGUAUAUUAAAAUCAU